CAUCUUCACAUUCACCUCCACAUUCACCCUCACAUUCACCUUCACAGUUCCUAUCCUUCCUUCCGAUAUAUCCCGACGAAUAAAUUGACAAGUAGAUAAAACUGGUAAGUACCUAGGUAGCUAGGUGUAUAUUGUAUUUAUUUAAGAAAAAGUUGAGUGAUUGUAUUGCCCUGUCCAGCAACAACACGAUAUCAGAAACCCUCCCCAUUCCUCUCUAUAUAAAGAAUCAAUCAAGUCAGCAAGCAAGCAAGCAAGCAGUCUUCCCAUCAAAAUUUAAAUCUACAUAUAACCUAGGAGUACGUACCUACCCAGUACACAACCAACAUAACAUAUCUAUUUCACCUCAAUUGAAAUAUACUUCCUUCUCUUGCUUCCUACUUCUCCUCUUUGCAACAGCACCACAAACUACACGCGCAAAAUCCACCCCAUCAUGCUCUCUCCCAUCCCUCCCAUCCCUUCCGCAUUUCAAACACCGGUACCGUCACCCCCAAAAAUAAAAAUAAUCUUCGUCCUUGGCCCUCCAGGCAUCGGAAAAGGAACACAAUGUGCACUCCUCACACAAACACCUCUCACACAUUCACCUCUCACACAAACUCUCCCUCCUAAGACCCUCCCCCCCACCAUCCACCACCUAAGCAUCGGCGAAAUCCUCCGCACCGAGCUCUCAAACCCUCAUAGUAAAUGGGCUUCUAUAAUCCGCACGAACAUGGCUUCAGGAAGAACCGGACCUCCAGAAAUGACGGUCUCGAUGUUGAAGUCUGUGAUGGAGGAGAAGAUGAAGAUGAAGAAUGUGUCGCAAGGAGAGGGAAACGAGGGAGGGGAGAUUGUAUUUUUAAUCGAUGGUUAGUUACCUACCUUGUCGCCUAUAGCUAGUUAGUUGCUAUUUUCAUUUCGCACCUAAAGAGAGUUAGAUAUCUUGAUCACUGCUACCCAAGUAUCCAUCCAUCCAUCCAUCUCCCCCCUAUCCCUGCAAACGCACUAACCCAACCCCUCACCAGGCUUCCCCCGCAGCACCGACCGAAUCCCGCUAUUCGAAUCCAGCAUUUCUCCCCCAACACUCGUACUCUCCCUCUCAAGUCCCCUCCACAUUCUCCAAGAAAGACUUCUAUCUCGAGCCGAAACAUCUAGUCGGAUCGAUGACGGAAACGAAAUUAUACAAAGGAGAUUCGAACAGCAUGUUUAUGCUACUCUACCUGUGCUUGCUCAUUAUAGGGAACGGGGAUUACUUGUUGAGAUUGAUGGGAGUGGGAGUGUGGAGGCUGUUCAGGAGGAGAUUCGGAGGGUGGUGGGGAGGGUUUUGGGGUUGUGAGGAUUUAUUAAUGUAUUAAUGUAUUAAUGUUAUGAGUGUUAGGGGAUAAGGGAGGGGGUUUAGAUGUUGAUGGGUUUGCGAGAUUUUGAUGGGUGGUAUGGUGAAGUGAGGUGAAGUGAAGGGAAGGAAAUAGAGAUAGAGAUCUAGAUAGAGCAAUACGGUGAAUAGAUGUGAUGGAUGAUACCGUACCACUCCAUGAAAGCGAUUAACCUCUGCACAGUUAAUAAAAUCAACGAUCGGUCUCAAAAUCUUUGAAGCCUCUGAUAGAAAUACUUAAUAUUUAUUAUAAAUACCCCGGAUAGCAACAUUUUAACUUUCGAUACCCUAUCUACCUACCUCGUUUAGCAAUCAGUGAUAAUAUUCUACUUUUGACCCUAAUUACCUGAAAAUAAUUAUUAUUUAAAUAUAGAUCUAAUAAAUAGAGUAGUAAAUAAGAUUACGGAAGCAAAUAACUUAUUAUAUUACAUUAUAUUAUAUCAUCUCAACACCACCUUAUAAUUACUUCACAUCUAACAAUCUC